AUGGUCGUCGUCGCGUUGGGACGCAAGCCCGUUGCGGGACAAUACAGAGCACUCGCCGUGGAGGAGCCGGUCUUUAGGUCAGGAGUCUCGAUAUCCACCUCGUCCAAGAGCAGAGAGUGUAAGCCGUCCAAGGUGACGUUCUUUGGCACAUGGUGGCUCGAGAUACUGGCAUGCGUGUUAGUCCUUGUCGCUUUCGCUGCCAUUCUCAUAACUCUCCUGCUCGUCGCAGAUAAGCCGCUUCCGAGACUGCCCUUCCGCAUAUCGGUAAACACGCUCAUAGCAGUAUUUGCGACCACGCUCAAGGUGGCCACAGCGUUCGUGCUCGCGGAGGGCUUGAGUCAGAUGAAGUGGUCGUGGUAUUCAGACGCAAAACCUUUGCACCACUUCUUGGUCUAUGAUAAUGCGUCUCGUGGACCUUGGGGUGCUCUCCAGUUGUUGUGGCACCUGCGACUCAAAGCCGUCAUUGCCUCGCUUGGAGCAUUUAUUACGGUUGCUGCUCUUUUCAUCGACCCACUAUCGCAGCAACUUGUACACCUCUACGACUGCAGUGAGCUAGUGAAAGGCGCGACGGCAAUGAUGCCCCGUGCUAGAGCCUUUGAGGAAAUCGGAGGACAUGUUGGCGCGGGCAUAAACCAAUUGUCCCCUGCUUUCGUCGGUUCGCUUGCGACGGGUCAGUUCGCGGCUGCUAGACCCGAGGUGCCUUUCAGUUGCACUACUGGAAAUUGUACCUUUGACCAAGACUAUAGCUCGGUAGGGUAUUGCAGUCAGUGCAACGAUGUCACUGAUCGUGUGGUCUACAGCAAUUACACUCGAGGCUCUGAGGCAUUAUUAAGCGUGCAAAUCACCCUACCGAACAAGGAUGGGGUUACGGGUUCUGACCUCUCUUUUCUUGCUGGCGACUGUGGUUCACAAGCUGUCAGAUUUAGGCUAAAGUACCAGCAGGGUCUGCUGAGUAUGUUGUGGUUCGAUGGUGUGGGCACCGGCCCAGAGGAUGAUGUACAUGUACACGCCUGUGAAUGCUCACUUGAGCCGUGCAUACAGACGUUCAGAUCAGAAGUCGUGAAUGGCAUUCUCAGGGAAGAAGUUCUGGACAGGCAAAUGAGCUUUGGCGGAGCGAGGUCUGGGUCAGGCUACAUGGGUCAAGCAACGGUUGAUCUUAAAUGUAUCAAUGACGAUGCUCGGCAAGAUUUGCGAGACCUGGGGUACCAAUUUGACGAUGCUUCAAGAUGGCUUCCCUACAAUGUUACCGUUGAGCCGGCACUAUCCGAAUCAGAUUCUGGCAAGUACGGCACUUUCUACAACAUGUCGUCUUACGGGAUUACGAAGACCAAGGCAGGUGAAGCCAAAGGCUUGUACGACGUUACAAGCCCCUCGAAUUGGACCUUAUCUACGAAAGGGUUGCGAGUUGUGCCAUCCGAGUGUAUUUACGAGUUACAUCUUCUUGUAGGAACGAGCUUGCAGAGCAUGUAUUUUAGUGAUUAUUUCAAUGGAAAUGUCACCGAUACUUUCUACUGUUCGGCUACAUACGGCUCGAUUGUUCCGCAAUCCAUAUACCAAGCAGGAGCAAUGGAUAAAGACAAGAAUGGCUCAUUCUCUCAAGUGGAAGAGUUAUUACAGAACAUCACAGAUUCAAUGACCACUUAUAUGCGCUGGCACGGUAAUUCCAAUAUGAGUGAACCAAUACUCGGGGAAGUCCACCGGUAUGCGGUCUGUGUUCGAGUACGAUGGAACUACCUGGCCUAUAGUGGGUCAAUUUGCGUCCUGCUGAUGCUCUUCUUUGUCGCGAUGGUAUUCGAAACAAGACGAGCAUGUAUUGUUGAUCAACGAUUGGGUCCAACAUUGGUCCGCCACAACUUCAAAUCUUCUGCGCUGGCUUUCCUGCUACAUGGACUUGAUCGUGAUAUGCAGAGCGAGCUAAGAUCUGUCAGCGUAUUAAACAAUACACGCGAGAUCGAAACUGCUUCGAAAGAGCAGAUGGUGGUUUUGAGCGGGACGGAUUCUGGGCUGAAGCUUUCAGCGAGCACGGUAAGAUUAAUGUCGUAG